AUGGCUCAGAGAGCUGAAACAUUUGGACUCUUUGAGAGGCACUAUUCACAAACCAUGCAGGAAUCAGAGCAAGCGAAUUAAAUUAGGAGAGUAUUUUCAGAAAAGAAAAAGAAUGGUGGAGGCAAAAGACAUUCCUUGGGAGACAUUUUGAAGAGCAAAAAUACCCUGGCCUAGCACUCCAUGAUAUUGGACUAAGGACAGUGGAGAAUUUCACAGCAUUUCCAAGUGUAUCCUUUAUAUUAUAUAGCACUAUAGCUUGAAAAUAGAAACCUUCUGUUCCUUUCCAAAGCAAUGGAAUUUAGGGGGUUCUAGAUUGGAAUUGUGCUAGAUUGUGAUUUUGUAUGCAGAUCUUAUCUAUAUAUGAUUUUUAUUAGUACAUUUGCUGUUUGUUUCUGUUUUUUUGAAAUAUCUAUAGUAUAUUAAGGACACAUAUAUGAAAGUCACAAAAAUAUUUUCGUAUAUCUUCAACAGUUCUCAUUGAAUUUUUCUAUGCCUCAACUUCUCAAUCAUUAAAUAGAAUAAAUUUUGUAUUUUAAAAAAGCUAAGUUUAAGGAUGCCUUUGCUUCUACCUACCAGAUUAGAACAGGUUAGUUAAUUUCAUAUAGUGUAAACUUAGUUUUGAGUGGUGACUCAAGAAUAGCAGUGUUGUAUAGAGAUUAAAAUAAAACACUGUAUUUCUAGCCAAUUGUAUGCUGUAUUAUUUCAGGUCUAUUGUUCCCCAGAAUGAAAACUUUGUUUGCAGAGUUCACAGAGUUCAGAAUUCAGGGGAUGAAAUCAUGGUAAUAUGAGCUCUCUCCACUACUUUUCUUAGUGCUAAAAUGAGAGGAGAUCUGAUCCCAUAACCUAGACUUGCUGGCUGGCAAGAAAGCAAAGGAGAAAUCAGCAGUGUUUCAUGAUACUAAUUUCUUUCUCUAUAACAGGAAGUAGUUCAUUUUAAACUUAUGGAUAAUGCUCACCAUGUAUUUGUAUUUUAUAAUAAUAUUAAUUAUAGCAAUAUUUUUCUAUAUAUAACUUUACUGCAAGUCAUUGCAUGAUCAGUAAAAAGGUAUACAGUAUCUUUCUUGUCUAGGAAUAAGCCUUUAAAUGAAUGUCACAGUUUCCUCAUCAAAUUAUUAGUUCCAAGUCAUUUUGGAAUAAUCAAGAAAGGAAUGUUAUAUUUUAUAAUAAAAAUAGCAAACAUUUUCAGAUAAUAGUUCAGUUGCUAGCAGUAGCAUAAGGCUGAAAUCACUGCAGAUGACAGCACCUGAAAAAAGUCUGGGAAACAAAGAGAUAGCUUUUGUUCAGAGUCUGGAAAUACUACAAAUGGUUUAUAAUAGUAUUCAUGGAGAGUUGGACAAGGGGGAUGUGAGCCAACUCAGCCUGCCUUCCAAUACAAGCCACAGUGAUGCAGAAAGCAAUAUCUGUCUUGAUGUUCCAGAUGGCAACCCUGACCCACAGAGGACAAAAGCUGCCAUUGACCAUCUGCACCAGAAGAUUCUUAAGAUCACUGAGCAAAUAAAGAUUGAGCAGGAGGCUCGAGAUGACAAUGUAGCUGAAUAUCUGAAGCUUGCUAAUAAUGCUGAUAAGCAGCAAGCCUCUCGUAUUAAGCAGGUCUUUGAGAAGAAGAACCAGAAGUCAGCCCAGACCAUUGCCCAGCUGCAUAAGAAGCUUGAGCAUUACCACAAAAAAUUAAAGGAGAUUGAACAAAAUGGGCCAACGCGUCAGCCCAAAGAUGUCUUCCGGGACAUGCAUCAGGGCCUCAAGGAUGUAGGAGCCAAUGUUCGAUCCAGUAUUAGUGGUUUUGGUGGCGGUGUGGUAGAGGGAGUCAAGGGUGGGUUAUCAGGCCUUUCUCAAGCAACACACACAGCUGUGGUUUCCAAGCCCCGUGAGUUUGCAAGUUUAAUACGCAACAAAUUUGGCAGUGCAGAUAACAUUGCCCACUUAAAGGACACUCUGGAUGAUGGACACCCAGAAGAGGCCUCACGGACUCUGAGUGGCAGUGCAACCCUCGUGUCCAGUCCCAAAUAUGGAAGUGAUGAUGAGUGCUCCAGUGCCACAUCUGGCUCAGCAGCUGGUAGCAAUUCUGGGGCUGGUCCUGGGGGCUUGGGCAGUCCUAAGUCUACCACCUUGGAGAGUCAUCAUUAUAACUUUGACACCAUUGUAGAAGAACUGAGAGAUAUUAAGGACAUUCAAUCCCAUCUUGAGGACUCCAUGGAAGAACUCAAGGCUCAGCUGCAACGAGACUAUACAUACAUGACUCAAUGCUUGCAGGAAGAACGAUACAGAUAUGAACGCUUGGAAGAGCAGCUUAAUGACCUGACUGAGCUUCAUCAGAAUGAGAUGACCAAUCUGAAACAGGAGCUGGCCAGCAUGGAAGAAAAGGUGGCUUACCAGUCCUACGAAAGGGCCAGGGACAUUCAGGAAGCUGUGGAGUCCUGCCUAACUCGGGUCACCAAGUUAGAGCUGCAGCAACAGCAACAGCAAGUGGUGCAACUAGAAGGAGUGGAAAACGCUAAUGCCCGUGCUCUACUGGGAAAAUUCAUCAAUGUCAUCUUGGCCUUAAUGGCCGUGCUGCUGGUGUUUGUCUCCACCAUUGCUAGUUUCAUCACUCCAUUGGUGAAGACCCGCAUGCGUCUCCUGAGCACUACCUUACUAGUGCUUUUUGUCUUCCUCCUCUGGAAGCACUGGGACUCCAUCACUUAUCUUCUGGAACAUGUGCUGCUGCCUAGCUGAUUUUUUUGGUAGUCAGUUGCUGCGGCUAGAAGGAGUUUGUUUCUUGUAGAAAGGAAGUAAAACUGAGGCAACUUCCAGUUGGUUUUAUGUCCAUUUGGAGUGUGCAAUUCUCACUUGCUUCCUCUUCAGAGCCUUCUGUUGUUGUACCCAACAUUGUCUCAGCUGUAGGAAGAAUAAUUACAGUGGGGCUUAUGAAAGGCUUACUAUGUCACACCUCUCUUCUGGAAUGCUUUUGCAAGGCAGAAUGGGAAGACAAAUAACCCCCAUAAAGAGCUCAAUAUUUCAGAUUUUAUCCAUUCCUUAAAUCAGAUAAAGAGAUGGUGAUGAUGAGGACAGUAGUUCAUGUACAAUCAAAAUGGUCUUCUCUAAAAAGCAGUGGCGUAGUUAUUGAUUUUCUUCUGUGUUGGAGAGAAAUGAUGGAACAUUUUAUCAAUGUAGUCAUUUAUGAAAACAAAGACAAAGAUUCAACACUGAACUUCUUUUUCUUUUUAUAACUCAUGAACCUGAAACAAUCCAAGGAUUGUACAUACAACACAAGAUAAUUCAGGUCACAACAUGGAGCGUACUUUCCUUUCCCAUAAGACAACUGAAUUCCACAUAUUUGGCUGGACUGCUUCAUGUCAUGGAUUUGUUGUCCUUGUGGGUUGGUUUAUGAACAAUAACAACAGGAUCUGAGGAGAAAGCAUUAAGCUUUCUGAUGCAAACUCAACUGUUUUGGUUGGCUUUGUUUUCAUUUGUUUUCCUUUUCUUUGAUAUUUCCAUGGACUUUAAAAAUACUUAUAACCUUUACAA